AUGAACAAAUGCUCAGUAUCACCCAUUCCAAUUCAGAAAGGAGACAAGUUCAGUCUCAUGCAAUGUGCUAAAAAUGAUCUGGAACGGAGGCAAAUGAAGGAUGUACCUUAUGCAUCUGUUGUUGGGAGCUUGAUGUAUGCUCAAACGUGCACAAGGCCUGACAUUAGCUUUGCAGUUGGAAUGCUCGAAAGAUUUCAAAGUAGUCUAAGAAUGAUUCACUGGAAGGUUGCAAAGAAAGUUCUAAGAUACUUACAAGGAACGAAAGAUUACAAGCUUAUGUAUCGAAGGUUUGGUCAUCUUGAGGUGGUUAGAUAUUCGGGUUCUGAUUUUGCUAGGUGUGUGGAUACAAGAAAGUCCUCAUUUUGCUAUGUAUACUUGCUAGCCGGAGGAAUAAUUUCAUGGAAGAGUGCGAAGCAGUCAAUAAUUGUUGCAUCCACUAUGGAAGUUGAAUUUGUAGCUUGCUUUGAGGCUAUAGUUCAGCCUAAUUGGUUACAAAAUUUUAUUUCAGGACUUGGAAUAGUUGACAGUAUCGUCAAGCCACUGAAAAUUUAUUAUGAUAAUUCCAUAGCUAUCUUCUUCUCUAAGAAUGAUAAGUAUUCCAAGGGUGCUAAACAUAUGGAAUUGAAAUUCUUUACUGUUAAAGAAGACGUACAGAAACAAAAAGUGUCAAUUGAACAUAUUAGCACCGAUUAUAUGAUAGUAGAUCUUUUGACGAAAGGAAUGCCACCCAAAACAUUUAUUGGUCAUGUUGAAAAGAUGGGCAUUAUUGAAUCUUAA